UUUGUUGUGUGAGAGGGAGAGAGAGAAUGGGUUGGGAGGAGGAAUACUUGGAUUUGAUCUUGGUUCCAAGUGGGUUAUUGAUCAUGUUUGGCUACUAUCUCUACCUUCUCUACAGAUGCCUAAAGCAUACUGAUACAACAGUAAUUGGCUAUGAGAAUCACAUCAAGAGAACAUGGAUUGAGAGGAUGUUGCAGGUUGAACCAAAGGACAGAGGGCAAGCGAUGUCCGUGAUCGGCAGCAACAUGUCCGCGGCAACUUCCAUGUCUUCAAUAUCCCUAACUCUGAGUUCUCUCAUUGGAGCAUGGGUCGGAAGCUCGUCCCAGAACAUCUUCAAGAGUGGUUUUAUCUAUGGCGACACAAGCUCCUCUACGAUUUCCAUCAAAUACAUCAGCCUUCUCGCUUGCUUCCUACUGGCGUUUGCUUGUUUUGUUCAGUCUGCAAGGUACUUUGUUCAGGUGAAUUUCUUCAUAAGCAUGCCAAACUGUGAGAUACCUGUGAAAUAUGUGCAAAAGGCAAUGUUAAGAGGUGGGGUUUUCUGGUCAGUUGGCUUAAGGGCUCUAUACCUUGCUGUCACCUUGCUGCUGUGGAUUUUUGGUCCCAUACCAAUGUUCGUCUCCUCUGUAAUUCUGGUGGUGAUUAUGCAUAAUCUUGACACGAAUUCAAAUCCGCUCCAUCAGUUUCAGCCCGCCAACAAACAUAACCUGUUGAAGAAGAUUGGUGAGGAAAUAUCUGCAGUUGCAAGAGCGAACACCAUGAAAGACCGAGUGAGAAUGGAUCAAGUAGAGCUUCAGAUUCACAACACUGCUGAUCACCUGCAUGAUUAGAGAGGACAGAAUCAA